UGUUGGAACUCGAAAUUAAAAUUUAAACGGUUCUCUCAGCGGUUCUGUGCUUAAAUAUAAAAUCUAUAUUAAUAUUAAUUUAUCUAACUAUUCCUGGAACAGUUAAGACUCCUUAAAUUAAAAAUUUGAUCAAUCUCCGAACACGUUUGGGUCAUCACUCAUCAGAAUUGUAAAGUACAAAGUAAUUAAAAAAUGUCAGAAUUUGAGUACACCAGUACAAGUAGUAAUGAAGAGUACAGUGAUGAAGAAGAGUUUGUUUUCCCAAUUUCAUCCAGACAGAAGAAAAGUACCUUGAAUAAUAUCAAAGUUACGAAAGAACUGCGUACCCAUUAUUCAAAUUUAUUCAUCGAUUCUUUUAGUUUAAUUGAUUUGUUUAUCAAAAGUAAAACAUUAAAGUAUAGUUCGUUUUUAGAAAGUUUUAGUUCUACAAGAUUUCACGAAAUCUAUGCUAAGCCCAAUAGAGAAGGAAAGCACACAUAUGUAUCCCCACACCAUUACAUCACAACCACACAGGAUUGUCUUGCAGUAGCCAGCAAGUUUUUGAGAUCUAAAUCGAAAGAAGCACGAAUCGGUGCCGUUUACUUAUUGUAUACCAUCCAUAAGACUCAGCCAUUUAAACAGUAUCUGAUCAAUAUUAAAAUGGUACCCAAAGACUAUUUUAAUACUAAAGAAUUGGUGAACAAUUAUCUUAAUGAAGGUCUAACAGACCCAUCAUAUUGUUUUUACCAACUGGAUAUUAAAAGAAAAAUCACAAUUACAGCUACUGCUAUCAACCCUUGCUUAGAAGCUAACUAUCCAAGAAUCGAGGUCCGCAAAUUUAUGGGUCGUGUCGCUGACAAGUGUUUUAAAACUCAAUACGAGGAACGAACAAAUUUAGAUCUAUUCAAUAAACUAGAACUUAUGGAGUAUCAGAUGCGUAAUGAAUUAGCAUACAUAAACAAAUUGAGUAAUUUGUCUUUGAAUCGUGAUGCUGCUCCAGAUUAUAAGCCAGAACUCUCUAGAGUAAUUGUAGAGAUAAAUGCUGCUAAAACUAUUCCUAAAGCCAAUCAACAAAACGAUGACAUCGAUUGUCAGAAAAAACCCCGUUAUAAGAAUACUAAUUUCAGGGCAUUUCCAGGUAAAAAUGAAGAUAUUUUAGAGGAUAUGGUUGAAUUUUCAGAACCACCAAUCCCUGAAAAAAAUACCAAUAACUGUCAUCAUAAAAAGAAAUUAAAGCUGUCCAGAAAGCAAAUGAAAAAGCAUAUCAAAAAAGAAGAAGUACAGGAUACCUCUUCACCAUUGCCAAAACUAAGCACUAUCCUAGAUUCAGAUUCGUCCUGUCCCAGUAUCAAUAGUGAUGAAGAUGAUUAUUAUGGAAACACAUAUGAUGAAAUUAUCUUGGGUAUUCUCGAAGGACAAGAAGUCGAGGAAGUUGCUGAUCAUUCGAUUAUCAAUCAAGAGGAAGACAUCUAAAUGUAAAUUUAUUUUAUUUAUUAUAAAUAAUGAUUUAAUUGUAUAUUUAAACUAUUUGUUAAUUAUUUAUUAUUUUUAAGACAUUUAAACGUAUGUAAUUAAAGAUAGAUGAAAAU